UUUUGUUGGGGAGCAGUCGUGUCCAGAAAAGGAGGAUUAGAUCCAGCACAGGUACAUCUCACGGUACCUCGUACAUUCAUCUCCUCGAGCUGUCUGACAGACGGGGCACGCGCCUGUCCACCACACUCACACCAUGUCAACAGAGAACCUGGACCCGGACACUCAGGUGGACUGCGAGGACGAAAAACAGGACUCCCAGGAGAAGAAUGCGAACCCCGUGAAGGCAGAGGAGGCCAAGCUGAAGGCCAAGUACCCCGGCCUGGGCCAGAAGCCCGGCGGCUCAGAAUUCCUGAUGAAGAGACUACAGAAAGGGACAAAGUACUUUGACUCAGGCGACUACAACAUGGCCAAGGCCAACAUGAAGAAGCUUCCUGUGGCUGGACCCGACAAGAACCUGGUGACCGGCGACCACAUUCCCACGCCACAGGACCUGCCCCAGAGGAAGUCCUCCUUGGUGACCAGCAAGCUAGCCGGCUAGCCUCCAUCACCACAGAAGCACCCCCCACCCCCUCCCCCCGGGGCUCCCGGCAAACGUCCCUCACCCGUGUCCCCAAUAUGCCCCCCCCCUCCCCUCUCUUCCUUUUUCAUCCCCAGGCACCACUGGCUUUAACAUGUCGGGCAGAGUUGCAUAAGUUCAAACUCCAUUUGCUUGUAUGUGGGCGGGGCGGGGUGGGGGGGACGGAGGUCUAGGUGGCCCGUGAGGUCGCAGCCUUGUCUGCCUUCCCAUCACGCACAGCUCUGCCCCCUCUGCGCACUCUGCUCUACCGCCUCCCUUAUGUCUUGGUUUUCGGUGUUCCGAGAUGCAUCACAGUAGGUGUGUCAUCAGGCAGGGGUUGGAUGGGGUGAGUUAAUGCACUUUGUAGUCUGUAUAGUACGCUUUGUUCUUUUUUUGCAUCCUAAAUGACACCAAAUUAAUGUGUGUGAGGGAGUUAGGAACCAUGGUCGCAGCGCACUCUUUGAUCUCUAUGUUCCCGAUGAGUGCUGGUGGCUGGCUUCAGCAGGGGGGAGGCGGGAGACGUAUGUGAAUAAUCGCUUGCGUACCAAAUGUGUGCGGGACAGCUGCCUGGCUUCAGAGUUCUUUAGCAUUCACGACACUAUAUUGGGAAAUGGGGCAAAUGAAUGGAGGCUUCCUUUCAUCUCAUCCUUCGGCCACCUUUGGUUGAACAAAGCCCUCGAGGUCACCCGCUGCAGAAGCACCUCUUCUUUCCCUCCUUCUCUCUGCUCAUGUUGCUUUAACUCCGGACUCCCUCUGCUCCUGUUCUCUCUAAAUAUGCUGCAUGAUUGUAACAAAAAACAAAUUGAACAUGUUUUAUUUUUAACGGGAGUGGGGCAUCUGCUUAGUGAUAGGUCGUAUCAAAACAAACACACGGAGCCCUCAAACAUCCACAGUCACACUUCCUUCCUUCCUUUCCCUUUUGCUGUCCCGACAAUCCAUGCACACACGCUCCUGUUAGCGGCCCAGAGUGAGAGCCAGCUGACUAUAUCCUCGUAUUAUUUUGAAAGGCUGGGAACGUUGCCAAUCUGAGUUCAGUCUUAGUUUGGUUGCUGUUGAGUUGCAUCAAGACGUGUGUUUACUAUGAGCCUAAAAGAUUUGUGGGGGUAAUGAAGCGCCCGGCAUAGAGUAUAUGCUUUUGUAAAUAAUACAUAAACAAGCAUGUAAUUCGUGAUAAGCUUGGCGCUUUGAAGAGUAGACCAGCUAACAUGCCUGAGAGAAAUGGUAGUGCUAAAUCGACUCACUUGGGAUUACAUCCUGGGAUUUCUGGCUUGGAAACGCUAUGCUUUACCAUCUGAGCCAAAUGUCACGCCGCAGCGAUCAGGCUCAGAGACCGUCGUGUCUCCAAUGUGACUGUUAGCUUCUAAUCAUCUGGCUCACAUUGAGAUGUGACAGGGCAGACUGCAGCUCGGGCUGGGGUGGGUCACUUUGUGUUUGGAUCUCACGGAGGUACGAGAGUGAUGUGACCACCGUCCAGACACCUUCCCGGUCAUCUCUGAAUCACAAAUCCAAGCACCAUAAAGAGUUUCAGUGUCACACGCAAACACAUGUAUUUGGACUAGACUGCUAUAUCUGAUCACACAAGUCCCGUUAAAGAGACAGAAAUAACCACAGUCGCAGCCUUCGUAGUCAUGUCCUGUAGCGGCACAUGUGCUGGGAAAAUAGAUUUAAGACAUUUGGGACAGACUAAAACACUUCUUCAUAUUCAAGCUGCUUGUUGAGGCUAAAAACAGAUGUUGAUUUCCUCCAUGUUUUAACACUUAGAGAGAAUAUAUAUCACAGUCAGACGUAGCUGUUCCCUCCACGUCCUGCCCUCUUUGGAGAUUCACAUUGUGAAACACUAACUUUAGUAAAAGAAUACUUCCACUUGUUUCUCUUAAACCAGAGAUGCUCAACUUGCUCUGCCUGAAGGCCACUUCUGCAAAAUGACAGGAGACCAGGGGCCAGCCAAUAAACAAACAUUAAUAAUAUUUAUCAGUAUGUAUAAUAAUGAACUGCCUGUUUUCAUCAUUCAGGGUUUGCUGUUAUCACUGAGAUGAAUGUGGUCGCUGCAGCCUGGCAGGUCAGCGCUGCCAGGAAUAGAGGACAUUCAGUGCGUAGCCUGAACCCCUGUAACCUCAGUCGAGGGAUCCUCCCUUUUAUUUGAUUAAAAAAGCUCAUACUUGAUGUUUUGAUGCACUCUGGGACUUUAUUUACAUUAAAAGGACAAAAACAUAUCCCCGUGCGAAUCACUUUGUGUCAUUGUAAAAGAGAAGAUGGUCGCCGGCCCACCUGGAACCUGUCGCGGGCCAGAUUUGGCCCACGGGCUGCAAGUUGAGUGUCACUGCCUUAAAGCGCAGCUGCAGCAUAGACCUGCUCAUGCUCCCAGCGCCCUGUGCAACAAAGUGUUUUCCUCCCGGACUGACACACUACAGACUGAUCUUUGAUCUCAGGGGUGUCAGAGAGUAAACAGCAGGCGACCUGGUAACAACAGGUGUCAGCCCAGCUCCCAAGAUUGUCAUCGCGGGCUUAAAUUGGGACACUGCAUGCCUGCAGGAUGUGCUCACUCCAACACUUGGCAAAGCAGAUAGAGAUUUUAUAACACAUGGUGAGGGGGUAAAGUGUGAGCGUGCUCUGCGCUCUCAUCCCACCUGCUAAUGUGGUUCAACCUCGGAAAGAGGUGAACGAUGAGAUCGACAAAUCUGCAGACUUCGAAUGCGUGCCGUCCACACACUCAAGAAUCUGAGCUGGACGCCGGCGCUCACUGAGAAUCAGCCUCCUUGUGUAACACUGCUUCAGGGAACCUUCACUAAUGCACACUCCACCAUGUAGGCUAGGUGACAGGGUGCAUGCACCAUCACAUCUCAACCUCACUUCUCUUCACUAAGACUUUAAAAUGUGUCAAAUCAGCAGUGGGCGAAAGAGAACUGACCUGUACGUAUGUGCUCGUUAUGGUGUUGAGUGAAUGCACUGCUUUUCUCUGUUCCAGCCAUCAUUGUAAAUAGACUUCAACAGGAAGGGAUUUUUGUGUUGUUUCCCACCUGCUUUUCACUCUUUCAUAGCCUGAGCUAUUUUCUGAUUCAAUGGUUCCUCUCUCCUUUCAGUUUAACACUACUUCUGCUCUAUCUUAGUGAAGUGCAGAGGCUAUGUGAACCUGUAUCAUAUGAAAAUAUGUGUAAAUGCUGCUGAUUCAGUCAAAGACAAAUCUAAGAGAUGAUACCCUGUAAAGAACACCUGUCCUCUCGAUUCUACCAGUCUGACUCUCCUCUCCCAGAGUAUCUCUGUUUCAGAGUCAUAAAGCUCCUGUGGCUACAUCCAUCAGUUCACAAACCUCAGUGUAAAUUCUACCACGAAAUUUUAAAGGUGUAUUGUUGAAUUUGAUCCAACUUUUGGUCCGGCCAGAACCAGAACAGUCUGGAAUGCUCUGUGUCACUUUGGUUGACAGGAGCAGAGUGUUCUGUUUCAUAUUGUGUUUAAAGAAACGACAGUUUUGUGCUUUAAAAGUAGCGAUUGCUAAAAGAAAUCAGCCACAACAUGUUCUGUCAAACAGGUGUGGACAGGAGGUCUUGAAUGCUACUUGAUGUUUGGCUUUGCACAGAGCUGUUCAACAAGAGGAAAUAGCAGGGUAUGUUUCAAACCCAACACACAGGGUGUCUCUCCUUCAGCUAUAUAAACACGUGCCAGAAUGUAUAAAGAAAUGACAGGCUGUGUGCUCUGAAGUACUUUUGUGCUGCUUUUACCUGAUCUCUCUUUUCUUGUUGUUUUGCAAGUAAAAGUUUUUUUUUUCUUGUGUUCUCUAACUGCAUCAUUAGUAUAUUUCAUCCUGGCCCAAGAUAACUGCAGGGAAAUCAGAGGCACCCUUGCUUCCAAGAAAUAAAAAAAUAAGGGUUUACAUGAUAAAGAGGAUGACUGGAGAACACAUGAAUGAUUUUAAGACUUCAGAGAGUACCGGAGUACUUGGAAUGUUUCAGUUGUGUGGGAGUAGGUGAGAGGAUUUUUGUCAGUAUUUGAAAUAAACUUUUACAUUAAUAAGA